UCUGAUAUUAGUCGCACGUACAUAAAUGAAGCAACGAAUCGAUUUCAUCUGACGAAAAGAGUAAGAAAAGAUUUAACGGACGUGACAACAUCAAGUCUUGUAUAAGGUCUAGCAGCUAAGAUGAGAAUACGGUAAAAUUAUGAAACACCUAUGUAGUAAAAGAGAACAAAGUUCUAAGAUGUUAUUUAGAAUUUAGAGAAAUGUGGACAGAUAAGAUAAUUAAUAUAAAUGACUUAGUCGAAGCGAUUUAAGGUAUUUUUCGUGCGGUAGAUCGCGAACUGUGUGCUCUAUAUGAAAAUACAUCACUUAUAGUUUUUCGUCUGCCUGUUUGUCUGUCUGUUUGUUUGCUUUUCUUCACUCCUCUCUCGCUGUCUCCUAUUACUUACUUUUAUAUUUUACAGUUGAUCCUAAGUAUGCAUCAAUGUACUUAUACAGCGAUUUUGUUUUCAAUACAGAUCUACAUACAAUAAAACUAAACAAAAUUAGAUGAGACUUUUUAUUCGAUACGGAAUGUAAUGCUUAUCUUUGCAUAUAGAAAAUUCGGGAAUUAAUUAUAUCAUUUUUUUUUCUUUUUUUGAAUGGCUAACCACUCAGUGGAUGCCUGCGGUGUAAAUGGUACGGAUAUCGGCUGCAGUGAAGUAUUUUUGGAUCGCCUUAAAGAAUGUAAACUCCUGACUGCGUCCUUUGACACUUCAAACACAUAUUCUGCUCAGCGAACAUUAUUUCGUAUUCUCAUGCCCAGAAAAUCAAGGAUUGCCGAUUCGUCCGCAUUGACACUACCAAAGGAAAAGGGGUUGGUCAUCCAGUCUAUUGCAUUGGCAGUACGCGCAGAGAAAAAACUAAACCAUCUUAUCCCAAUCUAUUCCUUAUGUCCCUUACCCGUUUCAUGGUCAUCAUGACUGUUCUUAAAUAUUUUAAAGACGAAGUAUGUACCGAUUGCAUGCUACUCUGCUCUAGUGAAGCGGUAUGGAUUAU